GAGGAAGUAGAUUUCUGUUCCUCAUUGCAACCGUUGUAUAUCAAUAUGGCUGACGCUUCCAACUAUAAUGGACCCAAUACUUUGGAGUCCUUGGACAACCGCUCCUUUUCUCGCCACCAUUUGAAAGCUAUUUUGGUCUCUGGUGUUGGUUUCUUGGCUGAUCAAUAUGAUUUGCAAAGUAUCAACAUUCUCACUACCAUCAUCGGCUACACCUACUUCGCUGGCAACAACAAUGCUAUUCCCACCACUCCUGGUUCUCUCUUGUCAGCCGCCGCUACUGUUGGUGCUAUUGCUGGUCAAGUCAUCUUCGGUAUCUUGGCUGAUAGAUACGGAAGAAAGAAAAUGUACGGUAUUGAACUUAUGAUCAUCAUUAUUGGUACCGUUGGUGCCUCCCUUUCCGCCAACACUGCUGGUGGUGUCUCUGUUGUUGCUAUUCUUUGCUUCUGGCGUCUUUUCCAAGGUUUGGGUAUCGGUGCCGAUUACCCUAUGUCUGCUACCAUUGCUGCUGAGUUUGCCAACAAGCAACGCAGAGGUACUAUGUUGGCUGCUGUUUUCUCUAUGCAAGGUUUCGGUACCGUCGGUGCCUACAUUGUUGCCAUCAUCUUCUUGUACAUCUUCAAGGAUACCAUUGAAACCGACCCCGCUGCUCUCGAUCACGUCUGGCGUAUCGUUGUUGCCUUCGGUAUCGUUCCCUGCUUGGCUGCCCUUUACUACCGUCUUACCAUCCCUGAGUCCCCUCGUUACACCAUGAAGGUCCUCAAGGAUACUGAAGCUGCCGAGAGAGACAUGAACACUUACUUCAACACCGAAGGUGUCAACAAGGUCAUUGAUGAUAACGAUGGCAAGUACAUCUCCCACAAGGAUGAACAAACCGCUAGCUGGGAAGAAUUCAAGAUCUACUUCUCCAAGCCCAAGAACGCCAAGCUUCUCUUCGGUACUUGUGCCAACUGGUUCCUUAUUGAUAUCGCUGUCUAUGGUCUUUCCUUGAACCAGUCUACUAUCAUUAGCAAGAUCGGUUAUGCUACUGGUAGCACCAUGUUUGACAAGGUCUCCAACUUGAUCAUCGGUAACAUCAUUGUCGUCUUGGCUGGUAACUUGCCUGGUUACUGGCUCUCCAUUGCCCUCAUUGAAAUUGUUGGUCGUCGUGGUCUCCAGCUCAUUGGUUUCAUCAUGCUUACCAUCAUCUAUGUCAUCUUGUCUGCUGCUUACACCGCCAUUCUUGCUCACUCCGUUGGUGCUUUCAUCUUCUUGUAUGCCUUGGGUUACCUCUUCAUCAACAUGGGUCCUAACACCACCACCUUCAUCAUCCCCGUUGAAAUCUACCCCACCCGUGUCCGUGCCACUGCCCACGGGUGUCCAAGGUACUUUGGGAAUCUUGGCCGGAUGCAUGUUCCUCGGUGCCGUCUGCACUUUCUUCUUCACUCCCGAAACUAAGGGUCUUACCUUGGCUGAAGAUGAAGAUGAUGAUGCUACCGUUGCUCCCGCUUCCCACCCCAACGUCAACGAAGUCGAGCGUAUUGAUGAGAAGGACGUUUAAUUUCAAUUUAAUUAAGUACUGCAGCUAGCCUGUAAAAUUAAAUAUAUGCAUUAUUCAUAAAUAAUUUUUCGAGCUUCCUCCCAUAUAAAAAGAAGCUCUCACCCCCCAUUUAAUGUUUUGCUUACUUGUAAGGAAUAUAAAAUCACUUUAUUAAUUCUAAGACUUUUUUUUUUUU